AUGGAUGUGGCACAUAGUCAAAGUGAAGGACAAAUAAGUAAGCCCACUGAACUAAUUGUUGCACAAGAAUCUCGGCAUGGUAAAAGGAUCAUUAGACCUCCAAUUAAGUUAUCUCUGUUAAAUGAGAUUUAUCAGAUGGAAUCAGAGUUGUCUAAUGAUGAUCCAUUUACAUACGAAGAGGCAAAUAAUGACAAAGAUGCCAGGCAUUGGCAAAAAGCUAUGGAAUCUGAGAUUGACUCAAUGUAUUCUAAUAAGGUUUGGACCUUAGUAGAUAAACCUGAGGAUAUUAAGCCCAUAGGUUACAAAUGGGCAUAUAAAAGAAAAUUAGGACCCAAUAGAAAGGUAGAGACCUACAAAACAAGACUAGUGGCAAAAGGAUAUAACCAAAAGGCUGGUAUCGAUUAUGAAGAAACUUUUUCGCCAGUAGCCAUGCUAAAGUCCAUAAGGAUUCUUUUGUCAAUUGCUGCACACUAUGAUUUGAAAUUUGGCAAAUGGAUGUUAAAACUGUAUUUUUGA